GAUUAAUUUACUAUACUUCACUGUUCACUGUAUCAUCUUUCUCUCUCCAUUUUGUUAUUGUUUUGUAGCUCUUCAGUCUCACUGUGUGCCCCUCUCUCAUAUUUUAAUAUCCUCAGAUAAGUUUUUAUUCUCUCCUCAAUUUUCUCCCUCUUCUCUCUCUCCCUCUCUCUCUCUCUCAAUACCAAAAAAUCAACCCACCCAGAAAAAAAGGCUUUCUUUUCUUCUUCUUCUUCUUCUGCCUCUUGCCCAGGUACCCAUCCAUCCAUCUCAUCUAAAAUCAUCCAUCCUCAUCAACAAAGGUCUAAAUACAUAAAAUGGAUGAAGAAAAAAGGCAUCUUUUCUAUCUGGGCUUCUUGUUUUGAUCUUAUCUUUGCUGCUUAGAGGCUCUGUUGGUUGUGGUUAGAGAAAAAGAAGCAAAAAUUUGUGGAAGGAAGGCCUAUUUAGGCUACUGUUAUGCUGAAGGCUAAGUACUUGUUGAAGAUAAGUAGUAGUGGUGGCUGUAGUAAUUCUUGUGACUGUUUACAAGACAGCACAAGAAGGGUGAAGUUUAUCAGCAGAUGUUAUUAUCCAACCUUGAAAACCCUCUUCAGCCUCCAAAAGAUCCACCUUGUUGUCCUCCUCCUCCCCAAAUCUCUGAGCUGAUAAACAGUAGUACCAAUAGUAAUAGUCCUAGUGGUGGUAGAAGUAGUAGUGAUGAUGUUGAUGGUGAUGACAACAAUAAUAAUAACCAGCUCCAGCUUGUAGAUCUGUUCAAAUCAGACCAUCAUCCACCUCCCAAAUUCUCCAUAAGGGAUUAUGUUUUUAACACCAGAAGCAAAGAUAUAGAGAAUAAUUGGCCAUUUUCUGAAGAAAACCUUCAACUUUGUUUGAAGCAUGGCUUGAAAGAUUUGUUGCCUCCUUUCCAGUCUCCUCACAGUGUCAGAAAACCAUCAUCUUUAUGCAAUUCCAAGACACAUAAUCAAAAUGAUCAUGGUGUAUUGGUGGACUACUCUCACAAUAAUCAUGCUGGAUGUAGUAACCAAAACAUAGCAGUUGGGGAUUGUUCGCAAACAAAUCCUAAGGGGUUUCAAUCUGAAGGAGGAAGUAAAGAAUUUCCUUCCACCAUUAUUACAAGCCAAACUUGUUCUGAGAUUACUUCUGUCCCAACCAACAGGAGCCCGGAAUUUGGAACUGAUAAUUUCCAGGAACUAUCUCCUCCACGGGCGAAAAAAACCGGGGUUGUUAGCAAGAGUCAAGUUCAGGUGAAGAAGUGCCGACUGGUUGUGAAGUUGGGCAACAACUCAUCGAACCUAACUACAAAAGAGGACGGUUUGAUGGUUUCUGAAGUAGCAGCGAUGGCUUCUUCAAAAGUUUGCCCAGUUUGCAAAACAUUCUCAUCAUCAUCUAAUACUACACUGAAUGCCCACAUUGACCAGUGCCUUUCUGGAGAGUCCACUGCGACCAAGUGCUCAUUGGAUGCUAAGGUGAUUAAGCAUAAGAUAAAGCCCAGGAAGAUUAAAUCCAUGGUUGAUAUCUAUGCAACAGCCCUCCAUUGUACAUUGGAAGAACUUGAUCGAAGAAAUGGAACUAAUUGGGCUAAUACCAAAUCUUCUUUGCCUGCACAAGAGAAUGAGGCUGGUAGUAGUACUGCAGAUCAGAAGAAGAAACAAGCGAGAUGGUUAUCAUCUCCUGCUAACAGUCUUGAGGAGAAUCCUCCUGAUGAAGGUGCUGUUUACAUUGAUGCCAAUGGCACAAAGGUUAGGAUUUUGUCCAAGCCUGCUGAUCCAUCUUUGGUGUUGAAAGCAGUGGAUGGGGAUAAAGUACCACCUAAGAAGUUUGUGAACCGGGAUAAAGUUAGUAAAUUCCUUUUAUCCAAGAAAAAAAAGCAAAAUCAGGUGCAGAAGAGGCACAAGCUUGUGAAGCAUGGCAAAAUGAGUUCUACUUUUCGGCCUCAUCUCACUUCUUCAAAGAUUAAUGAUAAUCAUGAUCGGAACUCCUCUAGAGAAGAAAAUUUAGAGGAGGAAGCAUGCAUAACCCGGCAUUUCAAAUCCCCAACUGAGGUUGAAUUCAAUAGAAGACCAGAUGUGGUCUGUGGCUGGGUUUGCUCAAAGCGUACUGGUCUCACCAAGAGAAGCAAUGGCAGAGAUGAAAGGGACUUGGUGGUUGAAACUGAUAGGUUAUCUCUGGGGAAUUCCAAUGUUCAAAACAGCUGUGGAAGUGGAAGAAGAACUUCACAUGCAUUUGAAACUUCGCUUCCUCGGAACAGUAAACAAAUCGAGAAGCUAGCAUAUGAUCCCUGUGAUGAUGAGUAUAGGGAGAUGCCUGUGCGAAAGAGAUCGAGAGUCGAUGUUGUGGAGUCCCCAGUUUCUUUUGGCAAGGAGAAAGUCCUCAAUGUUAAGCAAGCGAGGAAGGACAAAUCUCGUAAUGGGGAAGAUUGUCUAUCAUCGGUUUGCAAGAGGAAGGUUCAAGUGUAUGCUGAUGAGGACAGAAAUGUUGACCGUGUUGUUGUUGAUCCAAAAAACUCUUGUGGUCAAGAUAUGCACUCAGCUAAAGGUAAGAUGUUCUCUUCUUUGAGGAAUAAGUCUUUCUCUGGACAAGAGUCUAAGCCUGACAAAAUGAACUUCAAGAGGAAAUUUCUAGCCUUUAAGAAGUCGUCCGGGGUUGGUUAUGACCAUGAUAGAAUCGGGAGGACUCAUGGCAUGGUAUCUGUUGAUGGAGUUAGGAAUUUGAAAGCUAGAAAGAGUUGGGGGGAAGGUGUGAGUGCUGGAAAAACGGCACCUAGGAGACUGAAGACAUUGUAUUCAGCAUUCAUGUCUUAUGAUGCUGAGGAGCAAGAUGGUUCUUUUGUGCAUGGUAGUUCAUCAGAAAGUAGAUCCCAUCAUGUUGAAUCUGCUGGAAUGAACACUGAUACUAGUGAUGAAGAAGACUUUGAGAUGGAGACACCCUCUGGGGAUGCAUUUAUGAACUUCAGAGAUCAGUUGGCUAGUUCAUCCGAUCUUGGCUGUAAUUCGAGAAGAUUUUCUGAUGAAGCACUGGAAUUUGAAGAUGAACCUCCUGCUUGUUCAGCAGAGCCACUUUUUAAUGAUGGGGAGGGGAUGUUUUGUGCUGGUGCUGAAGCUGUUCCUGAGAACAUGAAUGUUGUCGCAGAGCUGGAAUCAAGUGGCACGCAUGGGAAUUAUUUUGUUGAUGUUGAUCCAAUACCUAUACCAGGGCCACCUGGAUCCUUUCUGCCGAGUCCAGGGCACAUGGACUCAGAAGAUCUUCCAGGAAAUUCGUCAUUGACAUCAAGUAGGAUUCAAUCAUCAGAUGAUCGGCAAGAAUUAGUGGAUCAGUCAUCAGAUUCUCCGGUUUCUGCAAUUUCAGCAAUCUCUAGCUCUACUUUAGCGAAAUCCGAUUCAAAAUCUUCAGGAACAAUGAUGGUUGGGUGUCCCGGCCAAGCCCUGGAUGGCCUUGGUAAUGGCAAUGUGGAGAGUUCUUCGCCAGUUUUGGUGGACAACACAAGUACUGCUGGUGGAGCAGAAAGGACUGUUCUUGGUAAGUAUCAUGAAAUCAGUUUAUCCAACAAUGAAAAGGUGGUUUAUGAAUUCAAGGAUCAUCAUCCACCUUGCUGUUGUUCUCGGAAAGAAGGAUAUUCCCAAAACAUUUCUUUGAACUACGAAGAAUCUCAGCUUCUAAAGAGGCGUACCAUGACUGCGGCCGACGUCAUGGCUGCCACUCGGAAGGAAGUGACUUGUGAUAGGCCUGAAAUGUUGUCUGCUAAUGGAUGUAAUCCAGGUGAUAGGGCUGCCAUUCAGAGAAUUGCUGCCGAUUCAUCACUUCUUAGGUUCCCAAUUGGUGAUGCCGGCUGUGAACCAAAUAGUCCGGCUGCCCCCAGCCCAGUGCUGAGGCUCAUGGGGAAGAAUUUAAUGGUUGUCAAUAAAGAUGAUCAGAGUGUUGUUUCCUCUCAAAUGAAGCUGUCCCAGUUGAGUCCCAUCAUUGGCCAUUCAAAUCCUGGCCAUGUCCUUCCGGUUUCUGGAGUCCCCAUCAUCUCUCAGGCACCUUAUUCGCUUGAGCCGGCAGCACGAAGCAAUAAUGCUAUGCAGCGUUCUGAAUGGUCAGACGGGCGUUAUACUGGUCGUGAAAAUGUUUGGACGGCAUCUCAAAUGCUGCCUGUUACCUCACCCACUGUGUUUUCCAGUAGAGGAGCAGUUCUUGGUGGCUUGGCAGGAUCAUCCUCAAUGCAUCCCGAGUACAUUCACGGAUACAACUUGUCAGCCACUGAACAAAGGCACCCCACUGUAAAUGGAAUGGUGAAGCCUUCAGCCAAUUUUGACGCCGAUGAACAUUGUAGCAGUCCUCCUAGCCUUAGAUGGAGGAAUACAGCAAAUGGGGCCCCAGUGAAUAAUGCUGCGAAAGAAAUAAUUGUUAUCGAUGAUUCUCCUGAAAAUGAUCACCUUGGUUCAAUGCCUGCUCGCACAGCACAUGGUCAAGGCCCAAUUCAAGAUGCAAACUUGGCUUGUGGUUCAAGGUCACGUGCAAUCAGCUUGUAUGGUUAUCCUCAGUAUGGUUCUGCAGCUACAUACUCCACUGGAUCGCCUGUUGAUGCAAGUUUCCGGAUGCAAACCAACAAUGUAAUAAAUGUAAAUGGCAGCAGUCCUGGCAAGUGGAUGAACUGGGGGGCAGCAGCAGAAGGUUCCAGUGCGAUGCAUCAGAGUCCUCUAAUGACUACUACACCUUCCUCCGCAGCAGCUCAACUGAGACCUAAGUUCUAUAAUUACUCCAACUUGAAGUGAUCUCUGCUAAGCAAAAUCUUAACAUCACCAUCACCAUUCUUGGACAGGCAUUUGAUUCAGAAUCAUCCACCAGGCGGGGCACAUGAGUUCAGUUAUAGCAGACAGGUUGAUGAAGAGAGCAGCAGCAGCAGAAGCUAGCAAAGAGGAUAAAAUGACAGAUGAGUUCUUUUAGUAAAUUGGGGUCCCUUUACCCUCCUUCCCAAUAUAGUAGUAUAUGUGUUGCUUAAAAAUUAUAGGAGUACUUCAAAAAUUUUCAGUUUCGGUAGGUUUAAGGACAGUUUUUUCAGAGGCCAUCUAGAAUGUGGUAGCAAACUUUGAAUGCCUUCUCCCUUACCCCCCUCAAGAUACAAGGCAAAUCAUGACAAAUGUACAAGCAAAACUUUUUAAUAAUGAGUUAACCUUACCUGAUCAAACUUCC